AUGGCACGCAUUCAGAUCCCCCUGGACGUCUUCACGUCGAGACUCAACCUCUCCGACCGCCUUGCUGGCUUCCGCUCGCAGACCAUCGGCUCCCGCUUCGCCAACAUCAAGCCCAUCUCCGAGUUCCUCGACUUCAAGCGCCUGUCCAAGCCCGCCAACUUCGGCGAGGCCCAGUCGCGCGUUAACUGGAAUCUGGGCCACUUCUCCAGCAACUAUGCCGCCGUGUUCGUGAUGCUCAGCAUCUACAGCCUGGUGACGAACCCGCUCCUCCUCUUCGUCAUCUUCCUCGUCGUCGGCGGCAUGUGGGCUAUUGGCAAGCUCGACGGCCGCGACCUCGAGCUCGGGGCCAACCGCAUCACCUCAUCCCAACUCUACACCUUCCUCCUCAUCAUCGCCAUCCCCCUGGGCUUCUUCGCGUCGCCCUUCUCGACAAUCCUGUGGCUCAUCGGCGCGUCCGGAGUCACCAUCCUAGGACACGCCGCAUUCAUGGACAAACCCAUCGAUGCGGCUUUUUCCGGGGAGGCGGUCUAG